GCUGUCGAGCAGAGAGAGGAAGAGGUUGACCGAUCUAAAUUGGUUCGCUCUUCCCACGCGUCGUCUAUAAGCUUCCUUCUUCGUCUCCACCUUCCCGGCGCUCUCUCUUCCAGAUUCCCCUCUGUUUCCCCCUCGCACCAGUCCAGCGAUGGCUGGGGUUUUCCUAUCUCGCUCCUCCUCUCGCCUCUCCUCCUGUUCAUCUCUCACCAGGUCGGCCUGCCUCUUACCAUCGAUCUCCCCCUCGUCUCCCCCGCCUCCUCAGCCCUCGCGCCCUCCUGUCUCCUUGCCUCCCACCCGCCACCUCGCCGAUCGGCGGUCUCCAAUCAGCCAACGCGCCAUCGUCCGCUCCUACGCCUCCAUCGUCGAUCGAUUUGAGCGCCGGUUCGCCACCAUGGCGACGAGAAAUUCAUAUGAGAGCAUCUUAACGGCGCUGCCGAAGCCGGGAGGUGGGGAGUUUGGGAAGUACUACAGCUUGCCAGCGCUCACUGACUCCAGGAUUGAUCGGCUGCCGUACUCAAUAAGGAUUCUUUUGGAAUCAGCAAUUCGGAAUUGUGACGAGUUCCAGGUGACUGGUAAGGACGUAGAAAAGAUCUUGGACUGGGAGAACACCUCGCCCAAGCAAGUUGAGAUCCCUUUCAAACCUGCUCGUGUUCUCCUUCAGGAUUUCACUGGAGUUCCAGCUGUUGUUGACCUUGCCUGCAUGCGAGAUGCUAUGAAGAAGCUCGGAAGUGAUCCAAAGAAAAUCAAUCCUUUAAUUCCUGUGGAUCUUGUUAUUGAUCACUCAGUGCAAGUUGAUGUGGCACGAUCAGAAAAUGCAGUGCAAGCAAACAUGGAACUUGAAUUCCAACGCAACAAGGAAAGAUUUGGUUUUCUAAAGUGGGGUUCCCAUGCAUUCCAAAACAUGCUUGUAGUUCCACCAGGGUCUGGUAUUGUCCAUCAGGUAAACUUAGAAUAUCUUGGUCGAGUUGUCCUCAACACUGGAGGAAUCCUUUACCCAGACAGUGUUGUUGGUACUGAUUCCCACACAACAAUGAUAGAUGGAUUAGGUGUUGCUGGCUGGGGUGUAGGUGGAAUAGAGGCAGAAGCUGCAAUGCUUGGCCAGCCAAUGAGUAUGGUGCUUCCUGGAGUUGUUGGUUUCAAGCUCACAGGAAAGUUGAGGAGCGGUGUAACAGCUACAGAUUUGGUGUUGACUGUGACCCAGAUAUUACGAAAGCAUGGGGUUGUUGGGAAGUUCGUCGAGUUUUAUGGAGAAGGAAUGAGUGAACUUUCUUUGGCAGACCGUGCUACUAUUGCAAAUAUGUCGCCAGAGUAUGGAGCAACUAUGGGCUUCUUCCCAGUUGAUCAUGUCACACUGCAAUAUUUGAAAUUGACUGGACGAAGUGAUGAAACGGUUGCUAUGAUAGAAUCCUACUUGCGCGCAAAUAAGAUGUUUGUUGACUAUAGCCAGCCUCAAAUUGAAAGAGCAUAUUCAUCCUAUUUGGAGUUGAAACUAGAACACGUUGAACCAUGUGUAUCAGGACCUAAAAGGCCUCACGAUCGAGUCCCUUUGAAGGAAAUGAAAGCAGAUUGGCAGUCAUGUUUGGAUAACAAAGUUGGUUUCAAGGGUUUUGCUGUUCCAAAAGACUCCCAGAAUAAAGUUGCAGAAUUCGAUUUCCAUGGUACACCUGCCCAGAUAAAGCAUGGUGAUGUUGUCAUUGCUGCAAUUACUAGUUGCACAAACACAUCAAAUCCUAGUGUAAUGCUUGGAGCUGCUCUGGUUGCAAAGAAAGCUUGUGAGCUAGGCCUGGAGGUAAAGCCAUGGAUUAAGACAAGUCUUGCUCCUGGUUCUGGAGUUGUAACCAGAUACCUUGAAAAGAGUGGUCUUCAGAAGUACUUAAACCAACUUGGCUUCAAUAUAGUUGGGUAUGGUUGCACUACCUGCAUUGGAAAUUCUGGUGACCUUGAUGCAUCAGUGUCAACUGCAAUAUCAGAGAAUGACAUAGUUGCAGCUGCCGUCCUAUCUGGAAACAGGAACUUUGAGGGACGUGUACAUCCUUUGACCAGAGCCAAUUAUCUUGCAUCACCACCCCUUGUUGUAGCAUAUGCUCUUGCUGGCACGGUUGACAUUGACUUUGAAAAAGAACCCAUAGGGACUUCCAAGGAUGGCAAGAAGGUUUACUUCAGAGAUAUUUGGCCUACUUCUGAAGAGAUAGCAGAUGUUGUACAAUCUAGUGUGUUGCCAGACAUGUUUAAGAAUACUUAUGAGGCAAUAACCAAAGGCAAUCCCAUGUGGAAUCAGCUCUCUGUUCCAGCAAGCACAGAGUACACUUGGGAUUCCACAUCAACAUACAUUCAUGAACCUCCCUACUUCAAGGACAUGACGAAAUCACCUCCUGGCCCAUACCCUGUUAAAGAUGCUUAUUGCUUGCUUAACUUUGGUGAUAGUAUUACAACAGAUCACAUUUCACCAGCCGGAAGCAUUCACAAGGAUAGUCCAGCUGCCAAAUUCUUGGUGGAGCGUGGUGUCAACCCAAAAGACUUCAACUCCUAUGGGAGUCGCCGUGGAAAUGAUGAGGUGAUGGCAAGGGGAACAUUUGCCAACAUUCGCAUAGUUAACAAGCUCUUGAAAGGAGAAGUUGGUCCUAAAACAAUUCACAUCCCCACAGGGGAGAAACUGCCUGUGUUCGAUGUUGCUAUGAGAUAUAAAAGUCAAGGCCACGAUACCAUAAUAUUGGCAGGUGAAGAAUAUGGAAGUGGAAGUUCUCGUGACUGGGCUGCUAAAGGGCCGAUGCUUCAGGGUGUCAAAGCGGUUAUAGCAAAGAGCUUCGAGAGAAUACAUCGUAGCAAUCUGGUGGGCAUGGGAAUUGUCCCCUUGUGUUUCAAGCUUGGAGAGGAUGCAGACACCCUCGGAUUGACAGGCCAUGAACGUUACACUAUCCACCUUCCAGACAAUGUGACUAAUAUUAAACCUGGCCAGGAUGUCACAGUCACCACAGACACUGGCAAGUCGUUCGCGUGCAUUGUUCGCUUCGACACUGAGGUGGAGCUUGCAUACUACAACCAUGGUGGAAUACUUCCGUAUGUCCUUAGGAGCUUGAUCAACACCCAGAAUUAGUCUAUAUUUACACGCGAUACUAAUGAGGAGCUGUUGCGGCACAAUGGCAUUUUUUUGGUUUUGUCAUUCAAUUGGUAACAAUUGAUCUUGCGGUUUUAUCAACGCUGCCCAAGAAAUAAAAAGAAAGCGGAAUAGCGAGCUCAGUGCUUGAAUUUAUAGCACUCACGAUAACUGUGUGAUCAUUCAUUCUUUCCGAUGGCUAAAUUAUGCAUUUUACACUGGGUCAAUAACCAGCAGCGGGGAUAAUGGUACCCGUGCGUGGGUAAACUCGAUGACUGUGCUUGAUUGCCUCAUUAAUUCCAUAGCAAAAGAAUUAGUCGGUCA